UUCUUGGCUCACAUCAUCGCUCCUCAAAUUCAUCUUUUCUACUUCAAUUAAGAUACAAAUUUCUAAUUAUUAAUCUUGUUUAACCCAACGUUAAUUAAACUGUGUUAUGAAAUUAACACUUUAUUUUUAUUUUUAUGAAUUUGGAUAGUAAUUGGGCCGAAACCGAAUCCCAUAGAAUCACGGAUUCUUGCCAUAUUUAUAAAAUCCCGUUAAUUAAUUCACUUUCGUUCCGAUUCAAAUCCACACACCACCCUCUCUCUCUCUCUCUCUCUCUCUCUCUCUCUCUCUCACACAGUAAAAAAAUAUUCACAUCUUUCCCUCCUUUACUCUCGCACUCUCUUUUGUACAGAAGGAGAAGACUAAACUUUGGAGUUGAUUGGGCGAUGGACGCAGCCGCUGCUUACAAUCCACGUACGGUGGAAGAAGUCUUUCGAGAUUUCAAAGGCCGACGAGCUGGCAUGAUUAAAGCCCUUACUUCUGAUGUUGAAGAGUUCUACCAGCAGUGUGACCCUGAGAAGGAAAAUCUUUGCCUGUAUGGAUUUCCCAGUGAGCAGUGGGAGGUGAAUUUACCUGCUGAAGAGGUGCCUCCAGAGCUUCCAGAGCCUGCACUGGGUAUAAACUUUGCCAGAGAUGGGAUGCAAGAAAAGGAUUGGUUGUCCUUGGUUGCUGUCCACAGUGAUGCUUGGCUACUUUCUGUGGCCUUCUACUUUGGUGCUAGGUUUGGGUUUGAUAAAGCUGAUAGGAAACGGCUUUUUAAUAUGAUAAAUGAUCUUCCAACAAUAUUUGAGAUUGUGACAGGGACAGCCAAGAAACAACAGAGAGGCUCAGAAUCUCAGCCCAAGUAUACAAAGGUGAUGCAAGCCAAGGAUGAGGAUGAGGAAGGUCUAGAAGAGGAAGAUGAUGAGGAGCAUGGGGAUACACUCUGUGGGGCUUGUGGAGAGAACUAUGCAGCUGAUGAAUUCUGGAUUUGCUGUGACGCCUGUGAGAAAUGGUUCCAUGGAAAGUGUGUUAAGAUGACCCCGGCAAGGGCUGAGCAUAUUAAACAUUACAAAUGUCCAUCUUGUAGCAGCAACAAGAGAGCACGGCCUUGAUGAUUUGCUGGGCCACUGGCUGUGUGUAUUCUGGAAUUACGGGGCUUCUAACUGCUAGUAGGUUUGUAAGUUAGGUUUGUUCUUAGUCAGGCAUUUCUAGGGUCUCCAUCUGGGAUAUUGUGUAGAGUGGAAAUUUUCUGUUUAUUAGAUCAAAAAUUAGAGUACUUCUGGUCAAGAGGGGAAUUAUCUUGCCCUUCCCCAGCCAUUGGAGGAAAACUUGUUUAUUAUGUCAGAAUUUUCUUAUGUUUAUAUGCAAUUUAUGCCCAUUCUGGAAAUUUGUUUUAGUUUUCCAAUCUAUUUACAUAUAAAUCAAGGCACUUUAACAUUUGUUUUGAACUUGCGG